AUGGCGGAUGUGGGGGAAUUUCUAUUAAGGGCAGCCAGUCGGAGUGGGCCUGGUGAUGAUUCCAAGUACAGAGACUCCGUCGUGGGCCUGCUUUUGGGUCAGAUUGGAAUAAUUGGCGGAACAGGCCUGGAUGAUCCAGAGAUUUUAGAAGGAAGAACUGAAAAAUAUGUGGAUACUCCGUUUGGCAAGCCCUCUGAUGCCUUAAUUUUGGGAAAAAUAAAGAAUGUUGACUGCGUCCUCCUCGCAAGGCACGGGAGGCAGCACACCAUCAUGCCUUCGAAAGUCAACUACCAGGCGAACAUCUGGGCUUUGAAGGAAGAGGGCUGCUCGCACAUCAUCGUGACCACAGCUUGUGGCUCCUUGAGGGAAGAGAUUCAGCCCGGCGACAUUGUCAUCAUCGAUCAGUUCAUUGACAGCAUCCUCCCAACCUCUGGUAAACACUAUCUUACUCUCAACUCCCAUGAGUGUGACUUCUUUAGAUUCCAAAAGACCACCAAGAGGCCUCAGACCUUCUAUGAUGGAAGUCAUUCCUGUGCCAGAGGAGUGUGCCACAUUCCAGUGGCAGAGCCAUUUUGUCCCAAAACAAGAGAGGUCCUCAUAGAGACCUCUAAGAAGCUAGGACUGCGAUGCCACUCAAAGGGGACAGUGAUCACAAUCGAGGGACCGCGCUUUAGCUCCAGGGCAGAAAGCCUCAUGUUCCGCACCUGGGGAGCAGAUGUUAUCAACAUGACCACAGUUCCAGAGGUGGUUCUUGCUAAAGAGGCUGUUUCAGUUGAUCGGGUUUUAAAGACCCUCAAAGAAAAUGCUAAUAAAGCUAAAAGUUUACUUCUCACUACCAUACCCCAGAUAGGAUCCAUGGAAUGGUCAGAAACCCUCCAUAACCUGAAGAGUACGGCCCAGUUUUCGGUUCUGUUACCAAGACACUAAGCAGCAUGGCUUCCUAGACGACGACAUUUUAAUUUUAAUCAUUUUGAGAAUUGUACUUAAUUUAAAGGGGAAAAAAAAAUGGGAAAGGCAUACAGCUCUCAUGCCCUUGCCUGCAAGCAAAGACCACGUGGUGAGAAAGACAAGACGGUGCC